AUGACUUUCGGCUGGCCGCAAGCCAUAUCGAAGCGCUCUUCGUGCAACACAAUCCCACUGGAGGCAAAUCUUGAUGCCCUCUCUACAUCUCCAUCUGCAGUAACUUCUCCCGAGGCCGUUGAAGCACCACGUAACAGUACAGUGUGCUUCUUCAAAGCGACUAUACAACUCUACACCAUCCUCGGCACUCUUCUAUCUACCACCUACGCAGACAACUGUGAGCAAGCUUUGUCGCCGUCGCUGGAAGAAAUACUUGAGACCAGCCUUUCCAUCGAUAGACAGCUGUCAAAAUGGGAGCAAGAUCUACCUUUCCGGCUCACACUCAUGCCGUGGCACUCGAAUUACAUCCGCCCCGAGUCCCUUGGACAAAUGGUUCCCAUCUUCGAAAGAUUGAGCAGCAUGAUUCGGUUAAGAUUCCUUCACGUUCGCAUGCUCAGUGAGUGA